AUGCGAUUAUUUUUAUUAUUAUUUUUGAUUAUUAUCGAUUUGGCAUCAAGUCACAAUAUUCUAGUUUACAUAAAUGCCAUCGGAAAAAGUCAUUUGGAUUUUUGUGACUCGUUGAUUAAUAGUUUGACCGAUCGAGGACAUGUUGUGGUAGGUUCCAAAGAACAAUCAGCCUUUCAAAAAAGUAAAAAAAUUGUAGGAUUAUAUAAUUGCUCGAAUGAAUGAUAAAGUGGCGGGAAAUGGCAAGAAUAAUGCAUCGAGAGUUUAUACAUUUGGUUUCAAAGGUGGAAGUGAUUGGAAAAAGACUGCGCAUUUGAUUGAUCCUUUCAAAGAUUCAAAUUUUGAUUUUGGCGGAUUUCGACAAUAUUCGAAUGUUGGAAAUAAUCUUUGUGAAAGUGAAUUUUUUCAUUGAAAUUUCAAAAACUUUCAGAAUUUUCAGACAUUGUUAACUGCAAACUUUCAUCUCCAGAGUUUUUUGUUCAGUGUAGUCUACACUUUUCUUGACCACAAAUGAUUUUUGUUAUUAAAAUCCAAAUAACAUUUUUUACAGUUGCUUUGGAUGACACUGGUCUUCAUGAGUUCAUAAAAUUCCGAAAAUAUCAAAUUGGCCUGGUUUCAACUUUUGAUUAUUGUGGAAUUGGUUUAUUUGUGAAUGCUGGAGUUCCAUCAAUCGCAACUUUCAAUGCUGUUCCGAUCUUAUCGCAGCAAGCAAUUCUUGCCGGACUUCCAAGUCCAGCUUCGAAUAUCGUCCGUGAGUAGUAAAACUUAUACAUCUUUAUUUUAGGUUUUUAAAAUUAUUGAAAAUCUUUAGCAUUAUUCCAUCGUGCAAACCUGCGAACUUUUUCUGGAAGAUUUUGGAAUUUGGCAAAUUGGGCGUAUAUAAAUUAUGUGCAAAUUCCCGAAAUUCGCGAGCAACAACAAAAAAUAUUUGCGAAAAGAUAUGGAGAAAAUUACGAUAUUGAUAGCGUUGCUGCUCGAGUUGAUUUGAGUUUCAUUAACUCGAAUGAAGUUAUGGAAAAACCACGACCAAUUAGUCAUAGAAUUCAAUAUAUUGGUGGAAUCAAUUUGAGAAGUCCUAAACCAAUUGAUAAAAAUCUUGAUAAAUUAUUAUCGAUUUCAAAAAAAGGAACAAUUAUCUUCAGUUUUGGAACUCAAGUUGGUGGAGAGGUUUAUCCUCGAUAUGCUGUUAAAAAUUUUGUGAAAGUUUUUAAAAAAUAUUCGGAUUACACUUUUCUUUGGAAAUAUGAUGUUCAAGAAUCAGAAGUUGAAAUGUUCAAAAACGCUAAAAAUGUAUAUCCAUUAGAUUGGUUGCCUCAAACUGAUCUUUUAUAUGAUCCACGUGUUAUUGGUUUUAUUUCUCAUGUUGGACUGAAUUCAUUCAAUGAGGCAUCUUAUGCUGGUGUUCCAAUUGUUGCAAUUCCACUUUUUGCUGAUCAACCACAUAAUGCUGAAAAUGGAUUACUUCGUGGAACAACUUAUAUUUUAGAUAAGACAAAAUUGAGUGAACAAAGUAUUGAAGCAGGGAUCAAAGCUAUUUUGGAAGAUCCAAAAUAUCUUGAGAAUGCACUUCGACUUCGAAAAAUGUUGAUUGAAAAACCAGGACAACCGAAAGAUCGAUUUGUGAAUUGGGUUGAAUAUGCGGCAGAGAAUCCAGGGUUGCAUAAGGUUUUUUGAAAAUUAAAUUUUUUUGGCCAACUACAGUUGAUUUUUUCAGAUCUUCGAAUUGCCUGGAAGUCGAAUGGGAAUUAUUGAAUACUAUUGUGUUGAUGCGUUGGUUUUCACAGCAAUUGUUGUAAUUUUGGUGAUUUAUUUAGUGUUCAAAAUUUUCAAGAAUUUGUUUGUUGCAAAAACUAAAAAAGACAAAACUUCAUAG